AUGGGCAACACGGCGUGCUGUCAGUCUGAAGCCAACGAUGGCGUUGCUGACGCACACGUGGAUGCCAAGCCCAUUCUGGAAAGUACCAUGCCAGCAGUGCCUUUCAUCUCUGGUGGUGAUACCGAGCAGGAACGGGUCUAUAACGUGACACUUUCAAAGUCUCCCGGACAAAAGCUGGGACUGGAUGUUGACUACAUGGCAGAGAGAAAGGUGCUGCCUAUCAUGCACGUCACAGGAGGCAUUGCCGAGGAAUGGAACAAGAAGUGUCCGGACAAGAAGCUGAACAGUGGUGACAGCAUUUUGGAGGUCAACGGCGUUUCAGGGGAUGUGGUAGAGAUGCUCGAGAGAUGCAAAGCUGACGACACGCUCAAGAUGAAGCUGUGUCGGUGCUUGACCUACGAGCACCUGGUCGAGGACCUUGAGAAACUUGUCAGAAGAAAAGAAUGCGGCCCAAUCUUGGUGCGGCUUUCCUGGCACGAUGCCGGUGUCUUUAACGGCGCAGAUGGCUGCCCUAAUGCCGCCAUGCGACUAACUGGUGGAGGUGAGCACGCAUUUCCCGCGAAUGCUGGCCUGCCGCAGGUAGCUAUUCCCCUGCUAGAGCCCAUUGCCGCGAAGUACGUGCCGCUCAUGAUCUCUCACGCAGAUCUGUGGACGCUAGCUGCCAAUGUGGCCAUCAAAGCCAUGGGAGGUCCAUGGGUCACAACAAGAUUUGGGCGCUUGGAUGCCAGUCAUCAUAGCGAAGGCACGUCUUCAGCGGCUGGCCGGCUUCCGGACGGUGACAAAGAAGCGAGGCAUCUUCGUGACAUUUUCUAUCCCAAGGGCUUCGAUGACAAAGCUAUCGUCGCCCUCUCUGGGGCCCACACGGUGGGGAGUUGCCACUUAGACCGCUCUGGCUUUGAUGGCCCAUGGACAGAAGACAAGCUCAAGUUUGACAACACCUACUUCAAGGACCUGCUGCAUAGAAGUUGGUCCUCGGAGACCACGCGCAAAGGGAAUCCUCAGUACAGGUGUGCGGAGACCAAGACCAUGAUGCUGACGACAGACAUGGCUCUCGUUAACGAUCCCGACUUCAAGCGAUAUGUCAUUCAGUUCGCCGACGAUCAAAAAUCCUGGUUUUCGGAGUUCGACAAGGCUUGGGUACGUUUACAAGAGCUCGGUUGCAGCGAGCUACGUGACGUCCUCUAA